AUGAAUUACGCCCAAGAUUAUGGCCAGCUCCUAGAGCCGUGUAAUCAAAAGACUCAUUCUAAGUCUAAAUUUACAGCAACUGAAGAUCAACAAAUUUUAGAACUCGUUCAAAAGCACGGAGAUCAAAACUGGGCUUUAAUUGCCUCCAAAAUCAAAGGUCGUAGCACUAGACAAUGCCGUGAAAGAUACAUGAAUUAUUUAUGUCCUUCUGUUAAUAAUGCUCCAUGGACUGCAGAAGAAGAUGAACUUUUAUUAUUAAAACGAGAGAUACUUGGAUCUCGCUGGAAAGCAAUAGCUGAUUUCUUCCCUAAUAGGACUGACAUUAAUGUUAAAAACCGCUGGCUCAAAUUAGAAAGACAUCGCAAGAAAGAAAAUAGAAUCAAAGAUGAAAGUGCAAGCUCGCCAAUUCCAAGUGAAUGCCCUAAGCCUAUUAUGGACCACUCUGCAAACUAUGCUGGAGAUGUCUGGCUCCAAUUCUUAGAACCAAUUUCGCAGGCAGUUGACUUGGACGACUUCUCAAAGCUCGAUGAUGAGUUCAUGCAGUACUUCCAGCCAAUAAACUACUAA